CACUUGCACCGUGGGCGCCACGUGUACUUGACACGUGAUCAAAAAUGUAAACAAUCGCAAAAGUUCGGACUACGGGUCACGCAAACUCUCACGCGAUAGUAUAGAAAACAUUAGUACAUUGCACGCAAAAGUUCGGACUAUGGUCGCAACUAAAAGAUGCGCUUGGGGAACAUGUAAAAAUGAUUCAAGAUACCCGCACCUGCAUAAGAGAAAUAAAAACAAUGACCCAAUUAAAUUUUAUCAUUUUCCUGGUAUUGUACGAUCGGCAGAGAGGAGAAGAAAAUGGAUAAUCGCGUGUCACCGAGGUGAUAAUUUCGUUUGCACGAAAGACAGCUACAUUUGUAGUUUACAUUUUAUCGGUACCAAUGGACCAACGAAGGAAAACCCAGAUCCUGUGUCCGCCGUCUCGAGCAAUGAAAAGGCUAAACGAUUUGAAAGGAAACGACGUAGCCCUACCAAGAGAAAACAACGCGCUUUUGAGAAGGAGGUUGCUGAGGCACUUUUGAAUUUGUCGUCGAGCACAGCGAGAUCUUCGGAAGAAUUAUCUCUUGCCGAAAGUUUAUUAAAUUUGAGCGUGGAAAAAGUCGACGCGAUUGAUGCAAAUGAAGACACUAUUAAUAGUGAACUUAAUGAACUUAAUGACAAACAAAGAACAAAUAACAAAGAACUUAAUGCAUUUAACUCGGGUUGUUCUCCGCCGAAAAGUACAGUGAAACAUAACAGUACAUGUACACAGACUGAUAUUGAUUUGACCGACAUUUCGCUGUACAAAGACUCUGAACUGAAAAAUAUUAAGCGGUUACGAAGGCAGUUGUUUAUGGCGUUGGUAGAUGAUCCAAAAAAUACUUUCCACUACACAGGUUUAACAAAUAAGUCAAUACAAUUGCUUCUCGGUCACUUGAAGUCAAAGGCAAAGAAGUUAAGGUUGUGGAAAGGGCGAAAGAGUGUUAAACUGAAAAAAUCUAAGAUGGAUAAAAAGCAUGUGAAGCAAAAAGUUAUACAAACAACCCUGAGUAUUAAAGAACAGUUUGUGAUGACUUUGGUGAGGUUAAAGCGAAGUCCAACAUUACUUAUGCUGGCCAACAAUUUCGGAAUAUCUGAGUCAACCUGUAGCAGAAUAGUCACUACCUGGGUGCUGUUUUUGGAGAAGGAGUUACAGUUCCUGUUACCUUUUUCUACCCUAACUGAAAUGGAAGGUUUACAAAGACCAAAGGUUUUCAGACCUUAUCCAAAUCUUCGAGCUGUAAUUGAUUGUACUGAAUUCUACAUUGAAAAACCUUCCAAUCCAUCAAGCCAACGUAGAACAUAUAGUGGAUACAAGUCAGCAAAUACUUUCAAGCUGUUGGUUUCCCUCUCUCCGAUCUGUCAUUUUAAUUUUGUUUCAGAAUUAUAUAGUGGGUCAAUCAGUGACAAAUCUAUAGUGCAAAGAAGUGGUUUUCUUAAUGCUUUGGAAGCUAAUGACGUUGUCAUGGCAGACAAAGGUUUUAACAUUCAGGACAUCCUCGCCCUUCACCAUGUAUACUUGUUGGCUCCUCCAAUCAUGGCAAAGAACAAAAUAUCUGAACAAGCAGUGACUUUAACCCGUCGAAUUGCUCGAGCGAGGGUUCAUGUGGAGAGGAUGAUAAGAAAGCUAAAACUUUUUAGAAUUUUAAGAAGCCCAAUUCCACUUACUAUAAAGCCUUACAUAAAUUCUAUUGCUAAGGUGUGUGCCUAUCUGGUCAAUCUUCAACCGUCAAUUAUCAAAGACACAGAUUGAAGAAAUGAGGAAUCUUUUUGUUUUAUAUGUACAUAGAAAUCAGUUAUAUUUUGUAUUUACAUUUUGGAUCUCAAAAAUUAUGAUUUUCCAAAUUUAGUGUGGAGUAAAAACUGCAU